CUUCCCCUUCAUCCGAAGAGCCGCCAGCCAGGGGAGCGGUGGCCACAGCAGCCAGUGACAGCCAGUCCACAUGGCUGGGGACACCGGGAUGGCCAGGAAGGUGGCACUGCUCCUGUGGGCCCAGACCCUUGGCCUCGCUGGUGCCCAGACCACCCAGCUUCUUGUAGAGCCCCCCUGGAGGCCGGCAGUGCUGUGGGACCAGGUGACACUGACCUGCCAGGGCUUGGGGACUGCUGGUGCCACCACCUGGUACAAGGAUGGGCAGCACUGGGGACAUCAGGGACUCAUUCAUGUCACUGUCACCGAGAGUGGCAACUACACGUGUGACAGACCUGGCAGUGGGCACAGCCGCCAUGUGGAAGUCUUAGAUGACCAGCUGGUGCUGCAGGUGCCGAUGCGGAUGCUGCUGGAGGGAGACACGGUGACAUUGUGCUGCCGGUACAGGCAGGACAACCCGGUCAGCUCAGUAUUCUUCUACCACGAGGAGAAGGAAUUGGUGGAGUUCCAAAAUGGGACCGAGCUGUUCCUGUCCCGUCUGCAGCUGCACCACAGCGGCCGCUACCGCUGCAAGGGCUGGGUGAAUUCUGGGGUAGCACUGGGAUGGGAGGUUUCGGCACCGGUUACAGUGACAGUGCAUGCCCCACUGGCCCACAUUUCCUGCCCUGAGCCCUUCCCUGUGCCGAUGCAGGAAGGUUCCCCCAAGACCACGGAGGGGUCCCUCCUGACUCUCAGCUGCCUCAGCACCCCCAGCCCCCUGCAUACCGGAGCCUCCCUCCUGCACAUGUUUUACCAGGAUGGGCGGGUGGUGUGGGGUCUGCAGGGGUACCCGCAGCUGCUGGUGCCCACCGUGGGGGUCUCCCACUCAGGGAAUUACAGCUGCGAGGUGAGCUCUGAGUCUGGGGCCAUGCGGAAAAACAGCACCCGGCUCCAUGUCACAGUGUGCAGUGAAUGCGGGGAUGGGCACGGGGAGCCCCCACAGCCUCCCCGGGUCUCCUGCCUUGUGCCCGUGGCCAAUGCCACCAUCGCCCUCAGUUCCCUGGCACACCAGGUGCGCGCAGGUGACCCCGUGACCCUGCGCUGCUCGGUGCAGGUGGGCUCAGCCCCUGUCACCUUCACCUGGAUGCACAAGGGGCAGGAGGUUGCCUGGGGUCCCCUCCUGGAGCUUGGGGAUGUCGAUGUGGGACAUUCAGGCACCUACCAGUGUGUGGCCACCAACCAGCUGGGACAGGAUGGGCACCGGGCUCUCAGCCCCAAGCUGGUCCUGGAGGUGACACCUCACUCUCCCUGGCUCACAGGUGGGGUCCCACAGCAUCACCAGGCUGUUCAGGACCCCCGAAGUUCAGGUUGA